AUGAUAUUUUCCUCUCCCUAUCAGAUUGAAAUCCCUGAUGUGGACGUUCUGACCUAUUUGUUUGGAACACCGGCUACCAGUGAAGAUGACUUCGUGUUUCUGGAUGCAGAAAAGCAUACCAAUGGAUUUUCCAAGACGGAAUUAGAGGAAUCUGUGAAAAGGCUGGCGGGGGGCCUUCGUGAGAUCAUCAAAUUGCAAGACAACAAUGUGGUCCUUGCAUACACCGAGAAUUCUAUAUGGUACCCAGUCAUCAUAUUAGCGGCGAUAUGUGCUGGUGGGGUUUUUACUGGUGCAAAUCCAAUGUACACUUCUAUGGAGCUGAUCCACCACCUCAAGCUUUCGGGUGCGACAUGUGUAUUCACGGAUCCGCAGCGGAUCAACACCGCAAUACAGGCAGCUGACGCCGUCGGGCUACCAAGAACAUCCAUAAUCAUAGCUACCCGCGAUAGCCAAACUACGGUUCAGGGUUUCUAUCGUAUACCUGACCUCUUAGGCAAUCCUUAUUCUUGGGAAGUGAUCAAUGAUCCAGAAGUGUUGGACAAUAAGGUUGCAGUUCUCAACUUCAGCAGCGGCACAACCGGGAACCCCAAAGCGUGCAUGAUAACCCAUCGCAACCUGGUUGCCAAUUCAGAACAACAACUGCACCUUGCUGAGGUAGCCCGGAGAAGAUCACCAAGCUUGGAAUAUGCUGUGACAGGUACCCACUGCGCCUUUCUACCACUGUACCACGCGAGCGGGUUGAUCACAUAUUGUAUUAUCAAUGUACGUAUGUCAUGCAAAACAGCUGUCAUGCGGAAGUUUAGUCUGAAACUUUUCCUUGAUACCAUCCAACGUCUCCACGUUACAGAUCUACUGCUGGCUCCGCCAGUAGCUCUAUUGCUAGCUAAAAGUGAUCUGACACUGCAGUACGAUCUUUCCAGCGUUAGACUAUUACUCUGUGGGGCAGCUCCCCUUCGACCAGAGCUGUCUAAGCAGCUGGAAGCAGUUUUUGGCAACGGCAAAGUCCGUAGCCGCCAAGGGUGGGGAAUGACAGAAGCCACAAUGGCUGCCACUCUCUUCGCUCCCGACGAAUUCGAUCCCUCGCACAGAGGCGUUGGAUAUCUUCUACCUAAUAUGGAAAUGAAGAUAAUCAAGGGUAAUGGUCAACAGGCAGGAUACGAUGAGGAGGGAGAAGCUCUCAUCCGUGGCCCCAAUAUAUUCAAGGGUUAUCACAGGAACCCAAAAGCAUCUCAAGAGAUCUGGUUCGAGGACGGGUGGCUGAAGACAGGGGAUAUCGUCAUUUUCGAUAAGAGUGGGCUCUUGACAGUAGUAGACCGGAAGAAGGAGCUAAUCAAAGUGAAAGGUUUUCAGGUUGCCCCAUCUGAAAUUGAAGGGGCGCUCCUCGAACACGAGGGCGUUAGAGACUGCGCAGUGGUUCGAGUAGUCCUCGAUGGCCAAGAACACCCAAAAGCAUUUAUUGUACCCAGAGACGACCAGGUCACGGUUGCAUCCAUCUUGACAUUUUUAGAAACUCGACUAUCGGCGUACAAGAGACUUACCGGCGGCGUUAUUUUCGUACAUACCAUACCCAAAUCCCCAUCAGGAAAGAUUCUACGCCGGUUACUUCAGAACUCGGUCCUGAAAGGAUCUGCCCAUCUUUGA